AAUGUAGGUGUUUGCGGGAACAGUAUAGUGUAAACCGGUGUAGAUGUCACCAUGAAGGCUCAAGUGAUAUUUUAUAGCGCUCUAAUAGCGACUUUUUUGGAUCUUGCAGCUUCUUUACCUUACGCCGCAGAUUUGCAAAGAUACUCACAUCCUUACCAAUCGAGGCCAUCGUACUUGCCUCAGCCGCAGUACCAAAAUGUAGGUCAACGCCACUAUGAUGGAUAUAACAACCAUUACCAGCUACCCCAAGAACAAGAACUACCAAGAAUCCACCAGGAUCAUGUAUUUGCGAACGAACAACAUUACUUGAACAACGCCCCUCCACAGAUCCAGCCUGAAAUAACUAAUGAAAGAUACGUUAACCAACAAAAACUACCAAACCCAUACUAUGCUCAUAAUGUUCCACAACAACACUACCAGGACAAUAAUUGGAGGGGACCAAACCAUCAAGUCAACGAAAAUCAGCACAUUAAUGUCGUGUAUCCAGAAGUUUCUGAGGGCCAUAACUAUCCGCAACCAGUUAUCCAACACAGAUACCCAGAAAAUGUAAGGCACGAUGACAGAGUACCGCCAAGUCCUGUGGAACAUUCUUAUUAUCUACCAAGUGGCGGUAACUUACCGUACGAAGAAAAAAUUCCAGUACAAAUUCCACCCAAGAAAGUACAUGACAACCAAUUGUCACCUGUCGAACAUUUACAAAAACCUCACGGUCUUUCUGAGAUACUGGCUCAGUUGUUUUCACCGCCUAUGCCUUCAUUUCCAGCCCAUAGCGUUCAUUCAAAUAACGAUGGCGUAAAACCAGUUGAUAAUAAUCUUCUUAGAGCAGAACCGGUCCAAGAACACGAAAUCCCGGUAAUACCCCCUCCUCCUACACCCUCUCAAAUUGAAAAUGGAACUCCAUUAAGCGCUAGUGAACGGCAAUUUGCGACGGCAGGUAACCCUGUGGAGCAAACACCAGUUCCUGAAACACAAAAAAAACCAAAUGCUGAAAAAGUAUUUUCUGACCCCAGAAUUCAAAACGUUUUGUCUAACACUAAACAUAUAAAACGUUAUUUAGUUAUUCAUCCAGAUGGGAGAAUAGAGCAUGUGGAUAAAUUGGAAACUGUAGCAAAGGACCAUCCAAAUUACAUUUUAGUCAACGCUGGGGACAUCGUACCAACUACUAGCAAAAAUGGAACCGUAGAAAACAAUGCUGUACCUUCACCUUCUAAACCUGUUGAAGAAAAAACUCAGCCUACAAAUGGACAAUCAGUGCCAACGAAUAAAACAGUAGAAGUCUCACCCAUUAACAAAACAUCUACGGUAAAAGCCGAGGCAAUAAUCAAACCACCAUCAGCACCUGAGGCUGUUUCUACGACUACAACAGCUCCUCUACCAUCAUCUACUGCAUCAUCAGCACCUACAAGUACCCCUGCUAUAGUUGUUGCAACAUUUGGCCCUGCUGCAAAUGCAUCAAUUGCUGCUCCUACUACAAAUGCACCAAUUGCUGCUCCUACUACAAAUGUACCUAUUGUUGCUCCUACUACAAAUGCACCAACAACUGUCCCUGGUAAAAACGCACCAACUACUGUCUCUGCUUCCAACGUAACAACUACCACACCUGCGCCUUCCGUACCUGCCCCUCAAGCAGCAGCUAGCGUGGUUGUAUCCACUGCCCCUGUCUCUUCACCUCAAGCCACUUUGCCUGCCUCUAUACCUCAAACUAGUACGUCUGCACCUUCGAAAAAUAGCACAACAGUGCCAACAUCAACUCCGAAAAAUAUUAAACCAUCCGACUUAGAAAUAAAAAAAGAAGUCUUACCAUCAGAUGUAAAUAAUAACACGGAACUGGUUCCUAACAAUCCGCAAAAGACUGUACCAAAUAAAACAACUGAAGUUACUCCAACAACUCCUGAUUUAAUGAGUUUUACUUUUGCUAUGUUAAAGGCGCUGGCUCCAACUAAUAGUCCUCCAAAACAAACUUCAGAUAGUACUCCUAAACCUACUACAGAAAGUACACCUGCUCAAACUUCUGCUGGAAAUAAGGAACAAGUUACUCCAACUCCUGCACCAAUCAUUGUUUCAACUCCACAACCUAAUGUUGAGCAAAGUACGCCAGUGAAAGUUUUGGAAAUUGUGGAUCCAGAAGAUUCUAAUAAUAGUACCCAGGCGCCACUUGUAGUGCCAGUUCUAUACGAUCCGACUGAAGAGGUAGAAGAACCUAGCAUAGAUCAAUAUAUCCUGGAUACUGCUAGCGACAACGUUACACCAAAUCCCGGUGAGAAUGUUCCUGAUUUAGGUGGUUCAAAUAUCGUGGCUAAAGUACCUCACGACCCAGUUGUUUGGUUCCGCACCUCGGAUCCAAACUUUUGGCGUAAAAUAUCUGAUAAACAUCCCGGAUUUGACAUAGUAUACUUUUUCCAAAUCCAUAACAAACCGAAGGUUCUUCACGACACCAAAAGAACGGUGUUCGCAAACGGAACUGUUUUGGAAGAGAUUACUGAAACCUCGUACGAUUAUGAAGGCGCUGACCCCAAAGUAAAGAAAACCACCACACUGAAAAAUCCUGAGCAGCCUUGACGGGAAUUCAAAGAUGUUAUCCUUUAUCGUAUUUAUUAAUUAAUAUUACUAUUACCUAAGAUUUAGUGCCUCAUUAUAUUUUAUAAAUAAAACA